AAGCGCUGGCGACCUCCACUUGUGUAGCUGUCGUACGACUUCUUCACUCAUGUUGAUACUUUCCCCGCUCAAGUCUGCACAGUGAGAUGAGGUUUUCCGCGUACCUUUUACCGUUCACCCCGCUUCUUUUGGUCGACGCGAUGCCUUACCCGAUGGUGGCUGAAACGGCAAGGGAGAUCCUGGCGGUGCGACGCGACGUACUCGAUGCGUAUGUUGGAGAACGGCCUGUUGAUAGAACGAUAUUCGUCGUCUUGUCAUUGUCGUUUAUGAUGAUAUUGUCUUUGCUACUGGGAGCCCGGUUCGCAAGGCUCCAAAAGAGUGCAAUGAUGUCGCGCAACAUCACCUCGAUGCUUGUACUUCUUUUGUACUUUCUAGUCUUUGCGUUUAUCUUCUCUUCAGCCAUCAUGGUUGCCGGUCAGGGCAUGUUUAACCACAGUCUUUGUCACACUGCGACAUGGAUAUGCUUGAUCCUCUACACUGCAUGCAAGGGCACAAUUUACAUAUUCAUCGUCGAGAGAAUACAUGUCGUCCGCGCUCCGUUCGUCCGCCGAAGCCGAGACUGGUUAUACUGGGCGUGUACAGUCACGAUAGUCGCAUCCUUCCUCGGAACCUCGAUUAACGCAUACCUGAAACCAAUCAUCACCAAGCAAUCUGAUGGACGCUGCCAUAUGGGCAUCCCUGGAAGGGCCUCGAUUCCAUUCAUGGUCGUCGACAUCAUUGUCAAUGCCGUAUUGACCAUCGUAUUCUUCUCCCUCCUCCGGCCGGUUGUCAAGUUUCAUUGGUUCGGCGCAAAGAACCAGGACAAGACUUCUGAUACACCGCAAUCGAAGCAGGAGACAGCGGUGCAGCGCAGCAUCAAGGUCUUGUUGUGGAAGAGUCUACUUGGAAGUAUGCUCAUCAUCCUGCCCACCAUCGCCAACAUGAUCCAAUUCUAUAUUACCCAUGGCCGGGGCCUGGCCCUCCUCUGCCUCUCACUCUGUGUUUCAGACGUCAGUUGGGAUGCUAUCAUCAUCCACUGGCUCACAUUUGGAUCCGCAGAGGCCGAGAAAGAGCUCACUCGAUCCGCACAGAAGAGCACUCGGUCUCCAACACCUGUAACUUUGCGCCUUAAGGAAUCGCAAGAAGCUAUAAUCCCUCCUCUCCGUGAUUGGAGGAGCGACCCCAUAGACGAGAAGUUUGUGGCAAGGGACGCUGUCACUGCAGCGGGAACGCCAUAAAAAUCUAGAAUCACCGACGAAGUUUAUGUUCGGGGUUGAAGAUA